AUGCCAACUGCCUCCAUUGAAUAUGUCGCUGCCGCGGAUUCCCUAAACCAAAAAGCUCCCCUUAUAUCCACUCCGCUCGGGCUUUGCAUGCUUGAAAUCCAGGGACAUCUAAACCUCCCUCACGUAGCUCUGGACCAUACCCACGACGCGGUAAUCGUAGAUAAUGGACACCAAGCGGUGCGAUUUGGACGUCUAGAAUUCGACGACACCAACCCGUCGAAAGUAGUACUUUAUAUAGGCAAUUCGCAGCGAUUAUUGGGGUCAAUUGUGGAUUUAGCUACGCCUCUUGGAGUGUUGCGAAUACCCACCAAUGGAGAUAAUCACCAGGCACAAAUGGUGGAUGUGAUCAAAAAAAAAUUGAUAUUCAAGGAAAGGCCACUUCCUGUUAUGUAG